CGCGCUCAGGCCCGGCAACCAGGGGGAUCUCGGAGCGGGGGGCGGCCGCGGCCGCGGGCCCGGCCCCUUUGUUCGAGCGGGAGCGCGGCGCCGGCGCGGCCCCGGCAUCGCCCCGCGGGCGGCCAGUGCGGCGCUGCGAGGCCGGUCCCGCCGCCGCCGCCGCCUCCUCCGCCGCGGAGCCGCCGCAGCCGGGCGCAGCGAGGGAGAAGGUCUGUGACGAUGGAAGAAAGGGUCCAUCAUCGAGAAGCCUGAACAGUGAUACCAGGACAGCUCUCCAACACCGGCAGUUCCCAGCCUGAGAUACAGGAGACAGCAAACAUGCUGAAGCCAAGUGGACUUAAAAUCCCCGGCAGGGCGGGGAAGCACUCCAGCCCGGUGGGACGGGCGUCGGGGACAGCUGCAGCUGCAGUCACCACUGGCUCAAAAGAAGGCUCGCCUUUGCACAAGCAGGGCACCACCUCCACCGCCAGCGCCGAGAAGUCGGGGUCAAAGGUUGCCGAGGUGGGCGAUGAUUUCCUGGGAGACUUUGUGGUGGGCGAGCGUGUCUGGGUGAACGGAGUGAAGCCAGGUGUGAUCCAGUAUCUCGGGGAGACGCAGUUCGCUCCGGGCCAGUGGGCAGGGGUCGUUCUGGAUGACCCGGUGGGUAAGAAUGACGGCUCUGUUGGCGGAGUGCGGUACUUUGAAUGCCAGCCGCUGCAGGGGAUUUUUACGCGACCUUCCAAGCUGACGCGGCAGCCGGUGGCCGAGGGCUCGGGGAGCGACGCCCACUCCGUGGACUCCCUCACGGCUCAGAACUUGUCGCUGCACUCGGGGACGGCCACGCCACCUCUCUCCACCCGCGUCAUCCCCCUGCGCGAGAGCGUCUUGAACAGCGCCAUGAAGACCGGCAACGAGUCCGGAUCUAACCUGUCGGACAGCGGGUCCGUGAAAAAAGGGGAGAAGGACUUGCGGCUUGGAGAUCGCGUGCUGGUUGGCGGGACGAAGACAGGUGUCGUGCGCUACGUGGGGGAGACGGAUUUUGCCAAAGGAGAGUGGUGUGGCGUGGAACUGGACGAGCCCCUGGGGAAGAACGACGGGGCGGUCGCCGGUACAAGGUAUUUUCAGUGCCCCCCCAAGUUUGGCCUCUUUGCUCCCAUCCACAAGGUGAUCCGGAUCGGGUUCCCGUCAACCAGCCCGGCCAAGGCAAAGAAGAGCAAACGAAUGGCCAUGGGAGUGUCUGCCUUAACCCACAGCCCCAGCAGCUCCUCCAUUAGCUCCGUCAGCUCGGUGGCAUCGUCCGUUGGGGGCAGGCCCAGCCGCAGCGGGCUGCUGACGGAGACCUCUUCUCGUUAUGCCCGAAAAAUCUCGGGCACCACAGCUCUCCAGGAGGCACUGAAGGAGAAGCAGCAGCACAUUGAGCAGCUGCUGGCAGAGCGUGACCUGGAGCGGGCUGAGGUUGCAAAAGCCACCAGCCACAUCUGUGAGGUGGAAAAAGAGAUUGCCAUCAUGAAGGCCCAGCACGAGCAGUACGUCACAGAGGCGGAGGGGAACCUCCAGCGCGCGCGUGCCCUGGUGGAUGGGAUGCAGAAGGAGAAAAUAGAGCUGUUGAACCAACUGGAAGAGGAGAAGAGGAAAGUGGAGGACUUGCAGUUCCGUGUCGAGGAAGAAUCCAUUACGAAGGGGGAUCUGGAGACUCAGACGCAGUUGGAGCAUGCCCGAAUACGGGAGCUCGAGCAGAGCCUGCUGUUCGAGAAGGCACAGGCUGAGAAACUCCUCAAAGAAUUAGAGGACACCAGGUUAACCACAGUGGCAGAGCAGUCCAGAAUCCUGCAGCUGGAGGAGGAGCUGAGCCUCAGGCGCAGUGAGGUGGACGAGCUCCGGCAGUGCCUGAGAAGCUCUCACCAAGCAGAAACCCCCGAGCAUAACCUUGGCUUGCAGUCGGAGGCCCUUCGCCUGCGAGAUCAACUGCUGUCUGCCAACAAGGAGCAUCAGAAGGAGAGCAGCCAGCUGAAGGAGAAGUAUGAGAAGACGCUGAAGAAAUACCAGCAGGAGAUGGAGAAGCUGAAAGCCACCAAUGAGAAGUACUCGCAGGAAAUAGUUGACCUCAAGCAUAAGGUUCAGCAAGCCACUAACGAGAACAUGGGACUCAUGGAUAACUGGAAGUCCAAGCUGGACACGCUAGCUUCUGACCACCAGAAGUCUCUGGAGGACCUCAAAGCCACAUUGAACACAGGGCCUGACACCCAACACAAGGAGAUCGUGGAACUGAAAGCAGUGGUGGAGAGUAUAAAGAUGGAGCACCAGCUUGAGAUGGAGAACCUGAAAGCAAAGCAUGACAUUGAGAUGGCUGUUCACAUAAAGGAGAAAGAGAGUCUGAAACUGAAGCUGCAGGAGGCUGUGGAUGAAGUGGAAAAAAGCAACAGCAACUGGCAAAUGCAACUGGAAACCAAAAGCAAUCAGCACCUUCUGGAACUCCAGGAUGUGAAGGACAAGUGUCGAGAUGCUGAGCUGAGGGUGCAUGAACUGGAGAAACUUCAUGGUGAAUAUAAAGAUCAAACACAAGCAAUAGCUUUCUUGAAAGAGCAGAUUUCUUUGGCUGAGAAGAAGAUGUUGGACUAUGAAAUGCUACAGAAAACAGAAGCCCAGAGCAAACAGGAGGUCCACAGAUUGCAGGAAAAAGUGCUUGUCUUAGAAAACAAACUGCAGUCCAUGGAGGCCCUGCAUCCUUCUCAGCAUGCAAAUAUGAUUGAAACGAAUGAUAUUUCGGAAGAAAAGAUAAAGAUGAAGCAGACUAUGGAAGAUCUCCAAGACAAGCUGAGUAAAAGAGACAAAGAGGUGUCGUCGCUGGUCUCCCAGACCGAAACUCUAAGGGCCCAAGUAAGUGCUUUGGAAAAUAAAUGCAAAAGUGCAGAGAAGAAAGCAGAUUCGGUGCUAAAGGAAAAGAAGAGGCUGGAGGGUGAGCUGGAAGCCUUGACCAAGAAAACACACGAUGCCUCAGGGCAGCUGGUGCUGAUUAGCCAGGAGCUUCUCAAGAAGGAGAGGAGCCUGAAUGAGCUGAGAGCGUUGCUGCUGGAGGCGAACCGGCACUCCCCAGGGCCAGAGCGGGACCUGAGCCGGGAGGUGCACAAAGCUGAGUGGCGCCUGAAGGAGCAGAAGCUCAAGGAUGACAUCAAAGGGCUGCGGGAGAAGCUGGUUGUGCUGGACAAGGAAAAGUCAGUAACAGAUCAGAGACGAUACUCCCUGAUCGACCCCUCGUCAGAGUCGGAAGUGAUCCGGCUGCAGCACCGGCUCGUCAGCACGGAGGACGUUCUGCGCAACGCGCUGGAGCAGGGCCAUCAGAUGGAGAAGCUCAUGGAAGCGAUGCGGCUUUCCUCGGAGAAAACGCAGACGGUUGGAAAUUCUGGGUCUGCUAACGGGAUUCACCAGCAGGAUAAAUCCCACAAGCAAGAGGAGAAGCUCUGAUAGAGAAGAGGUGAAGAGGAUCAUUUCAUGCCAGUAUCAGCUCCUGUGCGCAGUCAGGAAAAACGAUACCACAUCUGGCUUUAGCACCUCCUAAAGACUAGACACAGUAUUUUCACUUUAAAGCAGGACAAUGUUUAUAAUAUACUAACUGAUAUAAUCAGGACAAUCCUGGAAUCCGGUUUUCCAAGACAGCCAUUGUUCCAGGAGGAGCAGAAAGGUCUCUCUGGGUUUGGUUUCUUACCUGUAUUGAUUUUUGACUGUGGAAUUUGUAUUGCUUGAGCUGCCCUCUUCCCACCAGCUGACAUGGUCUGGGUGACAGCUGCCUUGGGUGGUGCCUGAAAUGUCAGUGAGUCCUAGUAGCUCCCCAGGAACUGCGAAGGGAUUUGCUUGUGGUGUUAAACUCCAAAGCACGUGCCCAGGGGCUGCCCGGUUUUCUCAAGGUCUGUCCCUCCCCUUUUACCCACCCCAGUGUCUUGAAGAACUGCCCGAGCAGGUGAGAUCUGCUGGCCUUGACUGUUGAUGGUGGUACGUGUAGGCUGUGGAAGACGGGGUUGUGGGGAAAUGUUCCCCUCUGUGCCUGUGUAGAAGAUGUCUCCGUUCUAGAACGUGGAGGCUUCACUUAGUCCUUGUAUAAUAGCAUGUUGUGGUAUCUAAUCUGAUUUCAAAGCGAUAUUUAUUUCAUUUAUCUCACCCACUGCUGUUUGGGGAGGGAUCUGUGGUGGCUCUGAGUUCGGAGGGGCAGGUGCACCUCACGCGGGCGCGGUUGGCCUUCCUGCCUGCAGAGAUCGCUGAGCAGAUCUGCUGGUGCUCUGGGCGGCCCAGCCUGGUCUCCCUGACUCGCACGCGUCCUAUUUAGUCCUUUUCUGGGUGUCAGGCUCGAUGCGGACAGCCCGAUCCCAGGGUCGCCAGCCUCAGAGCUCCAUGCUGUCCGCUGUCAGCGUGGGACAGAUGCCUUGAGGAGAUGGUUCCCUCCCUGCCUGCCCGAUUUGGCAGCUCGCCUGGGAUCGCCUGGCCGUUCUCGAGAGCUCUCCGUGGCUGUUCGGCAUAAUGCACCUCCCCUGCUGCUGGGGAUGGACCAGCUGCUGAUGUGCAGCUGCGAGCAUUCGUGCGCUAGUGGCUUGUCCCCGUGACUGUGUGACAGUGAAAGAAGGCCUUGACCACAACAGGAGCUCACUAGCUGUAGCCAGCCCAAGACUGGGGCCCACAAGGCUCUAGGUCUGUGCAGAGCAGUGCAGGCGCCGGCAAGCACCACGGUUUGCCCAAGGGACCCGUGGUGGGUGAGCGUACAGCGCAGACGGUGGGUGCUGCUUCUUCCUCGUGGCCACUCAGUGGGUGCCAGCUGGCCUUGCAAAGGAAGCAUGUGGUUUAUUUGGUCUUGUUUCUUUUUCUGAAGGCUUUACUCUUCCCUCUGUCUUUGUACCAUGGUUCCCCAGGGACAUUAGGAUGGAGUAAGGGGAGAAUAUGCUCUUAAAGGUAUGAGAUAGCACCCUGUGAAAGAGUCGAGCUCACUGUUCAGAGCCAUAGGGCAGAGCAGUAGCAAUGUUUUACCAAGCUUCCCCUAGUGUCAGACUCUUCCAUCCUCCAGGAGCUCCUCUGGUAGGAUGGGGCAUCUGUGGAAGAGGACAAGGUAGAAGAGGCUGCUGAGAAGAGAUCUGAGCCAGACCACAGGCAGAUGAGUAUCACAGCAUGUCAGCUUCAUUGCUUCUUGCCCUGAUUUUUUUUUUUUUUUUUUUUUUUUUUUUUUUUUUUUUUUUUUUAAGAAAGUGUUACUUUUUCCUAGUGGGUUACCAGGCUCUUACUUGAUGGGCAGCCAGAAACAACUUGGUUUUCAUGGCUUUAAUUCUGCUAUGAGGAGGAUGUUGCUGAAUCUCUUUCUGGACUAUGAUAAAAUAUUGGGCCCUGCUCACUUGAUGCAAGAUUGAUCCUCUCUCAUCCUCCCUCAUUUCAAAGAGAUGAUGAGAGAGGGAGGGAGGUGACUUGAAGGCAGUAAAGCAGGUCAACAAGCAUAGCUUAAGUCUGGCUCAUUGCAGGGGGAAAGGGGUGGGGAAGCUAACUGGCUAGAAAUAAUUCAGAUGGGACCCCAUCCUGUCUUGUGGAAGUGUUUAAUCAGCUCUUACUAAUCACCAGGAAGACUGACAGCAAUCACUGGCUAGUGCUAGGACUUUCAAGAGAUCUUAGGAGUGGACUCCAAAAGCCUUCUGGUAAGUGAUGGAGGGAGCUGAAUACACUUAAGAAAAUCCCAGAGGGAGCAUUCAUUGUUACAGCUGGAACAAUGAACAUCUCAGCUGGGAGCUGCUGUUCCUAAGAAGUUGGGGUUGAUGUUCCCCUAAGUGCUGCUGUUGGCCCGAAUGGUCUCAGAAAUCAGUGCUACAACUCCCACUGGCUUGAGUGGCAGCAGAGUUGGGAUAAAGCUGGGUGCUUCUUGCAGUCGUGCCUGUCUCCAGUUCCAGGGUUUUCUGUAAGCGUAGGGUUCCCAGGGCACCUGCCUCUGGCUGCUGCUCUGCAGGGCUGCCAGGGGCCUUCCUAGGUUGUAAGAGACCAAACUGGGAAGAAAUCUGGAAAGGGACAAGGAGGAGAUUCCCUAGCCCCUCUAUUUAUUUGUAAGUUUAAUUGCUAUUUUUGCCUAUAUGUGGUGAUGUAUAAAGUACUUCACAAUAUUUGAUCUAACUGGCUUCAUUCUUGGGGGGAGAUUUUUUUCAAGGGCAUUAAACACUGAUGCACCCAUCUCUCGUUGCCGGUCAGGGACUGGUUCCUGUUUGUGCCUUUACUCCCCCUUCAGCUUCAGUCUUGCUGCUCUUGUCUAGAUCUCCUGAAAGCCGCGGUGGGGGGCUGCCUCCUCCCCAGGCCCUCAGCUCUGUGCCGUGCUGGCUUUGCACCUGCAGCCGAGUCCAGAGCGUGACUCGGACCAACAUCCGCAGGGCAGGACGAGGGCAGGAUCGGGGCCGGGUGCGCGGGAGCUAGCCCCAUGCCGCGUGCCUGCUCGGCAGCCUGCCCUUCCCGCUCCUUCCCGGGAGAGCAAGCACCGGCACAGCGACGGCGAGACCAGCACCAGCCUUGCUAUUACUUGUGCUACUUCAGUGGCUGGUGAUGGUUCUCUGCCGAAGGCUGAGAAAUUAUCAGCUGAAUAAAGUCCCCAUGCUGGGUAGGAAAACUUCCUGCUCCGUUUUAGCGAUUUCUUCUCUAACCCUCUUGGCUAAAGGGAAGAAAAAAAAAUAAUCAUGCAGUCUUGGAUGGUGACUUCAGCUUUAUCCCUCCUCCAGCAGCCGGAGACCUGGAGCAAGGGGCAGUACUCAACCACGGGUGCUCCGUUGCUAGCCAGGGCUUCAGAGCUGCUGCCUCCCCCCCGGCCACGAUCGCUUCCUCUGGCUUUCACUAGAGCUGCAUGAGGGUUUCAUUAAAACAAUGAUGCAAAUGACACUGCGAAAGUCUUAAAGAUUCCUGCUCUCCGUUGUUCGGCAGCUUCAGCAGUUCAACGCUAUCCUGUAGGGAAUUAUUAAUACACUAAGCUCCUAUAGGCCUCAUGUACGUUACCAGAAUAAGGAUGAUACUAGAUGUAUAAAUGGAUGAUAACCUUUUACCCGUACACUAUGUAUUACAAUUUUGUAGCUUAGUCAUUUUUUGGCUAUCAGAUUUUGUUAGUAUGAUAAAAAACACACAAAAAAAUGGUUCGAUUGCUAAUGUCUAUUUUGUUAUUUGAUUCAUUUUAUUUCUUCCUCUGUACAAAAGCUGUACAAAUCUCACUCUGUGUAAUAUGUAACCAUGUACCCUUGACCCCUGUCCUGGCUUGCUGCUGUGGUGAGCUCAUUACUAAACAAUAAAAUCUGUGGCUGAAGUUGG